AUGAACAAGCUUUUCGUUUUCUUUUUUACGAUCUUCUGUCUUAUCUUCAAUGUAUAUGCUGGCCGUUUGGCUUAUGGCAUUUGCCAAACGGGCUGCAAUGCUGUAGCUACCGCUUGCUAUGCUGCUGCUGGCUCUACUUUUGGUACCGUUACUGCUGGUGCUGGCAUACCUGCUGCUAUUAUGGCAUGCAAUGCAGCUUUGGGCGCUUGCAUGGCUGCUUGUAUCGCCGCUGGUUUUGCCCCCACCCCGUAA